GCAGAUUGGUGUGAGGAAGUGAACACUGCUGACUUUCGUUUCCCUCGAGAAACUUGUAUUUAUACCUGCAGCUUGUACACUGGAAAGGGGAACUAACAGCUGCAGAAACCUAAAGGGACAGAGACACAGGGGACAGAGACACAGGGACAGAGGAGGUCUGUCGUGUUUCUGUCACGCAGGUGGACACAUUUCAUUCCGCUGCCCGCGAGGAGCCCCGCGAGAGAAACAUGAUGGAGGCAUCUGAUCAAGAAGACUUGGUCGGGGAAACUGAUCAGCUUGUACCUUCCAAUGGCGUCAUAAAUGAACUGCUGGAUGUGGGGCAAGAAGAUAACAUGCAGGGCCAGAUGGAGGAGUUUCUGGGCCCGCAGGCAGAGUACAAUGAGGAGGAGGAGGAGAGGAAAUACUACAGGAGGAAGAGGCUGGGAGUCAUCAAGAAUGUUCUUGCAGCCAGUGUUGGAGCCAUGAUUGUGUACAGUGUGUACAUGGGCCUUCUGCAGAUGCAGCUGAUCCUCCAUUAUGAUAUGACCUACCGUGAAGUGAAGUACAGCAACCUAGGCCUGGAGGACAUCGAUCGCAAGAUGCUGAUGGGCAUCAACGUCACGCCCAUCAUAGGCCUGCUGUACACCCCCGUACUUAUCAGGUUUCUAGGUACUAAGUGGAUGAUGUUCCUGGCUUCGGGAAUCUAUGCACUCUUUGUCUCAACCAAUUACUGGGAGCGGUACUACACCUUGGUUCCAUCAGCCGUCGCCAUCGGCGUGGCCAUUGUGCCUCUCUGGGCAUCCUUGGGAAAUUACAUCACAAGGAUGGCGCAGCAGUACUACGAGUACGUCAACUACAAGGAAGAGCAUGUGCAGGAGCAGAAGAAGCUCCCUAAGGGAGCGUGCCACAGGUACAUCAUCGUCUUCCAGUCAGUCUUCAACAUCAUCUUCAACCUGAGCUUUGUCUUCGCGGAGUUCCCCAUGCGCUUUGUCCUCAACAACUACCUGCAUGAAAGCACACACAUUCUCCGCAACGUCUUUUUCUGUGGAGCAAACAUCAGUGGAGUGAUCCCUGGCUUCAACACCACCGUGCUCACCAGCCUGCCUCGCUCCAUGCUGCUCAUCCAGGUGGAGAGUGUCCUCAUGGGCUUCGCCUUCCUCGCCAUGAUCAUUUUCCUUGUGCUGUGUGGAGCUGCCUACCGCCCGACAGAAGAGAUCGACCUUCGCAGUAUUGGCUGGGGAAACAUCUUCCAGCUGCCUUUCAAACACCUGAGAGACUACCGCCUGCGACUGCUCUGCCCUUUCUUCAUCUACAGUGGAUUUGAAGUGCUGUUUGCCGUCACCGGAUUCUCCCUGUCGUACGGCGUCUGCGUUUUGGGCCUGGAUUAUCUGUGGCUCCUUAUAGUCGUCUAUGGCCUCUCCUGCUCCGUCUUUUCCUCCCUCUCCCUCUGCCUCCUACGCCUCCCUCGCUGGGUGUGUCUGGUGGGGGGCGCCGUCGUGCAUGUGGUGCUGCUGGUGGUUCUAAUGGUGUUUUCUCCACCUCCUAAAAGUCCAGAUUAUUUGGGCCCUCUGCUGGUGAUCGCUGCGCUGUGGGGACUUGGCACCGCCUUGAACAAGACGGGCGUCAGCACUCUGCUCGGUAUGCUGUACGCUGAGGAAAAGGAACGGCUAGACUUUGUCUAUACCAUCUAUCACUGGUGGCAGGCCAUCGCCAUCUUCAUAGUCUACCUCUGGUCCAACCUGCCUAUGAGGGCCAAACUCUCCAUCCUGUUGGCCACUUUAUUGCUGGCCUGCUACUGUUACUGGCUGAUGGAGCGUCGGCUGGCCAGGAAAGUGCCUUUCAGACUGCCUCGCAUCCCUCGGCCACGGCACAAGGUCAAAGGCUACCGCUACCUGGAAGAGGACAACUCCGAUGAGUCAGACUCUGAGAGAAGUGAGGAGGAUGACGAAGAGGAGAAAGAGGAUGAAGAGCACGUGGUGGAGGAGAUGGGAGCAGAGGACGGGGAGGAAGGAGGCCGAGACGCUGGGGUCCAGGGAGCUGACUCACCCGGAGCCAGGAGGAGAGGGGCCGAGGGUCACCGCCGCAGACGGGAGGACGGCCAUCUGAAGGAGGGAGUGAAGGAAGAGCGUGAGGGAGGGUGAAUGAGGGGAGAUGGUGGACAGACGACAGAUAUACAGAAGAGGAAGAAAACUAGUAAAUAGGUAUUAAAAGGUAGCACACGCUGGGUAAACAAGACUACAACUCAGAAUACAAAAAGACUACUUUUCUUUUUCUGCAGUUUGUGGCUCAUAUUCACCAAUGUGCCGAUAAUUACGGAGGGCAUAGCGGCUGCUUCGUCAAGCAGAAAGCAUAUUCUGUCACACAAACUAGUUUAAUUUAAAAAAAAGCACUUAUCUGAAAAGAAAGAA